AUGGAGCAUGAUUUAUUGUCGAUUGGACGACAUUGUUCCGUGAAAGAUUGCAAUCAGUUGGAUUUUUUACCCUUUACUUGUAACGACUGCCACAAAAUUUUCUGCUUGAAUCAUCGAAGUCACGUAGCGCAUCAAUGCAAAGCCUUUGCUGAUAAAGAUGUAAAAAUAGCAACAUGUCCCCUCUGUGAUAAACUAAUACGAAGAGAUCCAAAACUCAAUCUGAAUGACCAGGUGGAGAGACAUAUUAUGAGCGGAUGCAAAGACAAUGUAGCUAGCGAAGGGUCAUCCAAGAGCAAUAAAUGCUCAAUGAAGCAGUGUAGAACUCACGAGUUAAUACCUUUCAAGUGCCUUAGAUGCCAUCACGAUUACUGUGCAAGACAUCGUCAUAUGGAAGACCACCACUGUCAUACAAUUCCAGUAACAGCAAGUGGAUGA